AUGGCGCACAUCAGAGCUAGAGCUCCGCAGGCGGCUCUGCAGGGUCUAAGGACCGCGGGUCCGGCCCCGCGUCGGCGAUGCGUCGCCCUUGCCGGCAGCGCGCGGCACAUGUCUAGCGAGCGCCAGCCCGAGAGGCCCGCGACCGGCGAGAGGAAGGACGGCCGUUCGUUCCAGGGCCAGGUCGUCGGUAGUAUUAGCCAGCGUCUUGCGCGCGAGAAGGCGGAGCGAGAGAGGUUCGCCGCGGAGCGGGAGAAGACGAGCAACGGCAGGAACCUCUCCUUCACCUUUGUGCUCCUCACCACGAUGGGCGUCUCGUACUACCUCGGCACACUCGUCCCCCCGAGCCCCAGCGAAAACUCGACGCUGCCGCUGGCCCAGACGAUCGCGCCGGUCCACAAGCUGAACAAGGAGAACCUGGAGGCCGCCUGGACCGACUUCGUCAACAUCGUGGGCGAGGAGCACGUCAGCACCCUGCCCACGGACAUUGAGCUCCACGCCAACUCGGAGUGGUCGUCGCACUCGGCCAAGCCCGAUGAGCGGCCCUUCUGCGUCGUGUUCCCCAGCUCCACUGAGGAGGUCUCGGAGAUCAUGAAGAUCUGCCACCAGCGGCGCAUCCCCGUCGUCGGCUACAGCGGCGGCACCAGUCUCGAGGGCCACUUCACCCCGACCCGCGGCGGCAUCUCCAUCGACUUUGGCCGCAUGAACAAGGUCCUCCAGCUGCACCAGGAGGACCUCGACGUUGUCGUGCAGCCCGCCGUCGGGUGGGAGGCGCUCAACGACCAGCUCGCCAAGACGGGGCUCUUCUUCCCGCCCGACCCGGGUCCGGGCGCCAUGAUCGGUGGCAUGAUCGGCACGGGCUGCAGCGGCACCAACGCCUACCGCUACGGCACCAUGCGUGAGUGGGUUCUCAGCCUGACGGUCGUGCUGGCCGACGGCACCGUCAUCAAGACGCGCCAGCGCCCGCGCAAGAGCUCCGCCGGCUACGACCUCACCAAGCUCUUCAUCGGCUCCGAGGGCACCCUGGGCCUCGUCACCGAGGCGACGCUCAAGGUGACGACGAAGCCCCUCUUCACGUCGGUCGCCGUCUCAGCGUUCCCGACGAUUCGCGACGCGGCCAACUGCGUCGCCAAGGUGGUCGCGGCGGGCAUCCCCGUGGCGGCCGUCGAGAUCCUCGACGACCUGCAGAUGCAGUGCAUCAACAAGGCCGAGAUGACGUCCAAGGCGUGGGCCGAGGCGCCGACGCUCUUCUUCAAGUUCGGCGGCACGGAGCUGGGCGUCAAGGAGCAGGUGGCGCUGGUGAAGCGGCUGGCGGCGCAGGCCGGCAGCAAGACGUUCGACUUCGCCAAGAGCGAGGAGGAGCAGCAGGAGCUCUGGAGCGCGCGGAAGGAGGCGCUGUGGAGCACGAUGGCCGUCAAGCGCGAGGGCGACCACGUGUGGACGGGCGACGUCGCCGUGCCGAUGAGCCGGCUGCCCGACAUCAUCGAGGAGACCAAGGAGGCCAUGAGCAAGAGCGGGCUGUUCGGCACCAUCGUCGGCCACGUCGGCGACGGCAACUUCCACACCAUUCUGCUGUACAAUGACAAGGAGCGCAAGCGGGCCGAGCACCUGGUCCACAACAUGGUCAAGAGGGCCGUCGAGAUGGAGGGCACCGUCACGGGCGAGCACGGCGUCGGUCUCGUCAAGAGAGACUACCUCCCCCACGAGCUCGGUGAGUCAACAGUCGACACCAUGAGACAGAUCAAGAAGGCCCUCGACCCCCUCUGCCUGCUCAACUGCGAUAAGGUCGUCAGAGUCCAGCCGCCCAAGGCCGGUGAGGUGGCCGAGUGGUAA